AUGUUGCUUAUCUUGGUGCAGGGUGAUCUUCUGAAGGUGAAAGUGAACAAACUAACUUCUGUUAAAACUCAACUUCCUUAUUCGUACUAUUCGCUUCCUUACUGCAAACCAGAGAAAAUCGUGGACAGUGCUGAAAAUCUUGGGGAGGUUCUUCGUGGUGAUCGUAUUGAGAACUCUCCCUAUGUGUUUAAAAUGCGAGAGGCGCAGAUGUGCAAUGUUGUUUGUCGUACUACACUAAAUGCCAAAGAGGCAAAAGAAUUAAAAGAAAAGAUCGAUGAUGAUUAUCGCGUGAACAUGAUUUUAGAUAAUCUCCCUCUCGUUAUGCCCUUUAGAAGACCUGAUAUGGACGCCAUAGUCUAUCAACACGGGUUCCCUGUUGGUUUUAAAGGACAGUAUGAAGGAAGAAAAGAGGAGAAGCAUUUCAUCCACAAUCAUCUCACAUUUACCGUUAAGUACCACAAGGACGAGGAAACUGACUCGGCAAGAAUUGUGGGAUUUGAAGUCAAGCCAUUCAGUGUCAAUCAUCAAUAUGAGGGAAAAUGGGAUGACAAAUCACGUCUAACGACAUGUGAUCCCCAUGCAAAGCGCACUGUGACCACUUCUGAUUCUCCCCAGGACGUUGAGGAUAAGAAGGAAAUCAUCUUCUCUUACGACGUUGAUUUCCAGGAAAGCGAAAUCAAGUGGGCUUCCAGAUGGGACACGUACCUCUAUAUGGCUGAUGACCAGAUCCAUUGGUUUUCGAUUGUCAACUCAUUGAUGAUCGUCCUCUUCCUUUCAGGCAUGGUUGCCAUGAUCAUGCUCCGUACUCUGUACCGUGACAUCUCCAAAUACAACCAACUCGAGACCCAAGAGGAGGCUCAGGAGGAAACCGGCUGGAAAUUAGUCCACGGGGAUGUAUUCAGGCCCCCAACAAACUCGAACCUUCUCUGUGUAUAUGUCGGAACUGGCGUUCAAUUUUUGGGAAUGAUACUUGUCACCAUGAUUUUCGCGGCCCUUGGAUUUCUGUCCCCUUCUAACCGUGGAGGUCUAAUGACGGCUAUGCUGCUUUUAUGGGUUUUCAUGGGCAUUUUUGCCGGGUACGCCUCUGCCCGUCUCUAUAAGAUGUUUAAAGGCACUGAAUGGAAGAAAAUCACUCUACAGACUGCUUUUAUGUUCCCUGGGAUCCUGUUUGCCAUAUUUUUCGUGUUAAAUGCUUUGAUCUGGGGUGAGGCAUCUUCUGGGGCUGUCCCGUUCGGGACCAUGUUUGUGUUGGUCUUCAUGUGGUUCGGCAUUUCAGUCCCUCUCGNNUUGUGGGUAGUUAUGUUGGUUUUAGGAAGCCAGCUAUCGAGGCCCCAGUGA